AUGGCUCCCUCCACUACAGAACAGUCCUUCCGCGAAAAUCUUACUCAAUUCCGUUGGGCCAGAGGUAACAACGACGACUCUUCCCAACAACAAGCUCAAGGGCCACCUAAUCCAUUCUCGAGGUUCUACAAUGCCAUCGGAGGCGCCUACGUGCCCUUGCGCUCCAGCGAACGCUCAAACGAGGAAGAGGCAUAUUUCGCGUUGUCCAGAUGGGAGAGGUUGCUUGGGUUCUUAGGUUGUCUUGCAGGAGCAGCCGUCUGUUUCGCUGUCGCGUUCUUCACUCUUCCGCUCCUUGCCUUGCGUCCAGCAAAGUUCGCCUUGUCAUUUAGUCUGGGUAGCUUAUUGGUCAUGUUUGGGUUCUCUGUUUUGAUUGGUCCCAUAAACCAUUUGAAACAUCUCGUAUCCAAAGAACGACUGCCGUUCUCGCUAGCCUAUCUUUCAAGCCUUGGGCUGACACUGUAUUUCUCACUGGGUCCACAUUCAUACAUUGGUUCCCUGAUAGGUGCAGUAAUACAGGUCGUUGCCCUCGUUUCCUAUGUGCUUGCAUACUUCCCAGGAGGUGUUCAGACCCUUCGCUUCGGUGGUCAAAUGGCCCUUCGUGGUGCUGGCAGUCUAUUGCCCGUAUAA